UGGGAAAAGCCUCCCUCCUUCCCAAAUCCCCACUGGGGCCCCCCGAGCCGCUCUCCCCUUCUGGCACGGGUGCACAGACCGGGUGCUGGGGAUGCCACGGCCGGUGCCUCGCUCGCUCGACGGCAGCAGCACCCCCGUGCCCGCACAGCCGGCGGCGAACGGCAGAGCUCAGCCCCACCGCGGCUGACAAAGUCCCACCGCCCCAAACUCAUCCUGGGGGCUCGGUGCUCCCUCCCGGGGGGUCCCGACUGAGGGAUGGGGCUCUCUCGGCUCCAUCGCGCCCCCCGGGGAUGGUGGGCGGUGGGGAGCGGGGUGGGGCAGAGCCCCUGCCGCGGGGCUGCUCCCGCGGCCGCAGCCUUCCCUCAUCGCGGGGCCGGAGGAGGAGCGAGGAGGCCGGUCCUGGCGGAGGGGAGAGCAGAGAAGGAGGAAGAGCGCAGCAGCGGCCGAUCGGCGGGGAGCCGCGAGGGAGCGGCCCGAGGAGCGCCGGCACCGCCGCGGGCGACGCCUGAGCCCGAGCGGCCGCCCCGACGGCAGCGCGCCCCGGGCAGGGCCGCACCGCGCCCCGGGGGGGGAAGCCCGGAGCGGCCGGGGCAGCAUCGCGGCUCUGCCGCCGCUUGGCUGCGCCCCAAAGCUCGGCUCGCCGCCCUCAGCCCCCGCGAGAGCCACAGCAGCCCCGCGCCGCGUCUGUGCGGGCCGGCCGGAGCCCCCCCGUGAUGAGGAGCAGCAUCGGGACCCCCAGCGCCCCCCAGCCGCGCCCCCGGCCCCGCUGCUGCUGCGCUGCCCGGCCGCGGGGCGCCUCGUCCCCGUGAGCAUCAGCUCGGCCGCUGCCCGUCGCCCGCUCGCUUGGGUCCCGGGGGGCUGGUGGCCCCUUAGCACCCCCACCUUCGCCUUCCGCAGCCAACCCCGCGGGUCAGCCGAUGGCCACCGUCCGCUGCUGAGCCCCGAAGAGGGGCCGGGACGGGGCACAGCGCAGCCGGCACCCCGCUCUUUGGAAGGAUGGCGGCAGCAAGCUGGUACCACCGUGACAUCAGCCGGGUGGUGGCAGAGGAGCUGCUGGCCAAGGCCGGGAGGGAUGGCUGCUUCCUGGUGCGGGACAGCGAGUCGGUCUCGGGGGCGUAUGCCCUUUGCCUUCUGUUUCAGCGGCACGUCCACACCUACCGCAUCCUCCCUGAUGACGAGGGGCUGCUCUCUGUCCAGACCAUCCAAGGCAUCCAGGCCAAGUGCUUCCGCACCCUCCCCGACCUGAUCUGCGCCUACCAGCAGCCCAACAACGGGCUGGUGACGCCCCUGCUCUACCCCGUGCACCGGGCACGGCAGGCGGCUGACGAGGACUCAGAUGGGGAGGACAGCCGAGGUGGUGGGCAUGUGGCGAGCACAGUCCCAGCUGGGGGAGCCGGGGUGGGCACGUGGCUCAGCGCUCCCAUUGCCAGCCGGACCCACAUCUCGCAGCAGCUACACCAGAGGCUGCAGGAGCAGGUCCACAGCAGCCCGGCCAAUGACUUCAUGGGCUUCAUGGCAGAGUACCUGAACCACCACUUGCAGCUGGACCUGGAGGCACUGCGCCUCGGGCACCCACAGCUGCGGCACCUCAGCACCGCGCUCGUCACUGCCUGCCGGGGGCUGCACAGUGAGAUUGACUUCACGCUGGCCGGUCUGGAGACACUGGCCAAGGUGUUUGACCCCCCCACAUCUCCUUGCAACCCACCCAGGGAGCAGGGUCUGCUGACCAGCGAUCCCGAUCUUGAGCUGCUCCUCAACAAGAUAUCUACGGUCAAUCAGCUCCUCUCUUCACUGGAGAAGAAGGUGCUGAAGUCGCUGCAGGAGACGAUGUCGAGACACAACCUGGCGCUGCCCAGCGUGGCGGCAGCCCCACCGCCGGCCGCCAAGCCGCUGGCCGUGCAGAGCUUCGAGGUGAAGGUGGGCAAGUCGCAGCGGGCAACACUGACGGUGGAUGUGGAAGCGGGCAUGGUGGCCAUCACCAAGCGGGGUAGCGGGUCCCCAGAGGAGACAAUCCCGCAGGACAAAAUCCUGCAGCUGAUCAAAUACCAGAGCGUGCAGAGCAAGGUGAGGCUGGUGUACGACCGGGAACCACAGAAGAGUCUGAGCAGAGACUUUGUCUUCCCCAGCGCACGGAAGCGAGAGGCCUUCUGCCAGCUGCUGCAGCUGAUGAAGAUCCAGCACUCCAACCUGGACGAGCCUGACCUCAUCUCAGUGUAUGUCGGGACGUGGAACAUGGGCAGCACGCCGCCGCCCCGCUCCCUCGCCUCCUGGCUGACCUCGAGGGGCUUGGGGCGCACGCAGGAUGAGACCACCGCCUCCAUCCCCCACGACAUCUACGUUAUCGGCACUCAGGAGAACUCCCUGGGCGACCGCGAGUGGGUCGAGUUCCUCCGUGCAUCUCUGAAGACCCUGAUGGCCAUCGAUUACCGAGUGAUCGCCCUGCAAUGCCUCUGGAGCAUCAAAAUCGUGGUGCUGGUGAAGCCUGAGCACGAGCGGCGCAUCAGCCACGUCCACACCUCCAGCGUGAAAACUGGGAUCGCCAACACGCUGGGGAACAAGGGAGCUGUGGGUGUCUCCUUCCUUUUCAACGGGACCUCGUUUGGCUUCGUCAACUGCCACCUGGCCUCUGGCAGCGAGAAGACCCACAGGCGUAACCAGAACUACAGCGAUAUCCUGCGCUCCCUGGUCCUGGGCGACAAGCGGCUCAGUGCCUUUGACCUCACCCUGCGCUUCAACCACCUCUUCUGGUUCGGGGACCUCAACUACCGCCUAGACAUGGAUGUGCAGGACAUCCUCACCCACAUCACUAAGAAGGAGUUUGAAGCCCUCCUGGCUGUUGACCAGCUCAACCUGGAGCGGGAGAAGAACAAGGUGUUCCUGCGAUUCAGCGAGGGUGACAUCUCCUUCCCACCCACGUACCGGUACGAGCGGGGCUCCCGGGACAGCUACAUGUGGCAGAAGUUCAAGCCCACAGGGAUGAGGAUCAACGUCCCCUCGUGGUGUGACCGCAUCCUGUGGAAGUCGCACCCAGAGACCCACGUGGUCUGCAACUCCUAUGGCUGCACCGAUGACAUUGUGACCAGCGACCACUCACCCGUCUUCGCCACCUUUGAGGUGGGAGUGACAUCGCAGUUUGUGCCCAAGAAGGCUCCCAGCUCUGGCCCCGAGCCCCUGGCCUGCAUCGAGUGGGAGAGCAUCGAGGUGAUCGUGAAAACCGCCAGCCGCAGCAAAUGCUACAUCGAGUUCCACUCCUACUGCCUGGAGGAGGCUCAGCGGAGUGGGGAGAACACCUCCCAGAGCUGCGACAUCCCCGGCUUCCUCAAGCUGGGCUGGUCCGCGAAGCAUCUGCCUGUGCUGAACCCCAUCCUGCCAGACCUGGAGUACCUGGGGGACCAUCACCUGCUCCUCAGCAUCAAGGGCGUGGACAGCUGCGAGUCCUAUGGCGAGUGCUGCAUCGCAAUGAGGUCCAUGAUCGGCAGCAUGGCUCAGCAGUUUGAGACCUUCCUCUUCCACCGCGGUGAGGAGACGGGUUCCAUGCGUGGAUGGAUGAAGGUCCGGGUCCCCAAGGACAGGCACAGCACCCGCGAGAGGCUCUACGAGUGGAUCAGCUUUGAGGAGGAGGAUGCUGAGCCCGCAGUGGACACACCGUCGUGCCCCAAGCCACCCCUGCAGCGCCUCAGGAGCCGUCCCCGCAGCCUCCCGGAGCCGGCUGCCAGCUACACCAACCCAGCCUACUUCAUCUUCGAGGGCGUCAUGUGGGCACCAGGCCCUGGUACUGCUGAAGCUCAGGACAACCGAGCGGAGAGUCUGGCUGGAGGUCAGCGGCACCGCAGCCCCCUUGGGACGCGUGUCCCUUUGCCCUCAGAGGAGGAGCAGCCCAGUGCCCGGCCCCGCUGCAUGCCAGGGGCUCCAUCCCGGGGGCACCCGCUCAGCGCCCCCGGCGAGGGCCAGCAGAAGAGACCCAAAUCGGCCAUUGCGGCGAGGGAUGUGCCAGGGCCGGGUGACUGCUCGCUGACAGCGCUGCACAUGGCUACGUACCUGAGCCAGCUGGACCGGGCGUCCCCCGAGCGCAGAGGGGACAGCCCCAAGACUCCGCUGCACCAGACACACAGCGCCCUGGAGCCACCCCCGCGACCCUACUGCGAGGUACCGAGGGGCACACCGGAUGCUCACCAGCACAGCCGCCCCCGAGAGUGGCCCUGUGACAGGAGUGAGCGCUCCCUCGGUGUUGGGUGCCUGGGCCACCUUGGCUUGCAGCAGGACAUGGAAGGGCUGCAGAAGCACAGCUGGGACCACCUGGAGAUCUUCAGGUACCCCCAGGCCCUGGAGCUCAGAAAGGGGGGCACCGUGCGAGGCACCUCUUGUGGCCCCAGGGUCUCUGGCAGAGCUGUGCACCCUGGAGGGGAGGAGAAGUGAGCCUUGGGAUGGGGACGUGGCUGGCCAGGAGGAUAUCAAGUCCCUACAUCUCCAUGGGUGCCCUGGGGCUGUACAGCCUCCCCACUCUUACCCCGCAUACAUAGAUACAGAGGAACAGGACCUGCUGGAGGCUGGGGCGCUCAACCUAACCCAUUCCUGGCACAUCCACAGCAAGCUCGGCGAGGGCACCGUGGUGAGCCUGCCACAGAGACCUGACCUUGGACCCAGUGCCUAGGUGGGGCUCCAGCACUCACAUGCGCUCUCCUCCGCGGAGUGACCGGUGUGGGCAGAGCUGCCAAGCAGGACCGGGCACCCCGGGCUGGAAUUAUUCCCAACCUGUCUGGCUUCACCACUAAGCAACUGGUGUUCUUCAGCUGGAAAGUCUCGGGAAGCUCUUGUGGCCAUCAGGACGGACACUCUCUCGGUCUCACUGCCUGUCUCCAUCCUCCCUUCCAAAACCGAUGGAAGGACCACGCUGAGCCUCACCUGCAAGGAGGGAUGGGAGACACGGAAGAUAUUGAGGCCACUUGGAAAGUGAAGAUCACUGGGAGCUGUGGACCUUGAGGUUCAGCCUCUUCAGGCAGGUGACGUGCAGCCUGCAUGGACACAGUGGCAUCUGUGGCCAGCCCAGCCCCACACACCAUGUGCCUUCGGCCUCGCUGGCCACUCUCUCCUCCCCUGGCUCAGCCCUGUUGGAUGACAUUCCCAGAGGACUUCUACAGCAGCUGCUCCUGAGGCUGUGGCACUGUUUCCUCUCAAGAUCCCUCUUGUUAUCCCCACCCAGAAUAAAGUCUCAGGG